CUUUCUAACAGCAACAUAUCCACAACAAAGACCUUCAUUACAACAACUAUGUUUUUAAAACCACGGGUGUCUUUUCCCAACAUCUCCCAUCUUGCUCGUGCAGUUCCACAAAAUAAGUCCUUUCUGCUACCAACACCUUUUGGUAAGUCACAAAAUACUGUGACAACAGAUGCCAAAGUUCUCUUAAAACUUUUGUCCAUCUCUAAGAAAAGUAAUGGCAAGGACGUCUUUUUAAAUCACUCGUUGACAACUGGAAAGAUUGCUUUGCCGUUAGACGACAAACAAAAAGAUCUUAAAAACCCAAGAGGGACUGUGAUGCUGUUUUCCGGCAGCUACACGCUUAGCAGUAUCCCAUCAGUCCAGCAGCUUAUUGAAGCUCACCCUGGAGAGAUAUUUCUCACAGAAACACCGCAAACACAAUCUGUACUUCAGAUUGAGUCAUACUUAAAAAAGAGAGAUGACAUGGUUAAACCAACAACUCUGAAACCCCAUGAUCAGAACAGUCGUUCAGUUGGAGGCGCGAAUCAAACCUUGUUGACGCCAAUUCCGCACAAGAUUGUUUUACACCCAAUUCACACAUCUGUUUCCCCCAAUGUUCACUUGAUUACAGAGUUUAAACAACAUUUGAUCCUCUCUGCUUCACCUUCUGUGUCUAUUGGGCCAGCAAUAGUGCAUAAAAGUGGACAAGACAACCACAAAAAUUCACUUUUAUCACAUCACAUGUUUGUAAAUUUAUCAGAUGUUAAGGAGCAUCCUCAGAACAUGACAUCCAGCCAAAUUUCUGGCAUCAGUUGGCACACAACAGCUGCAGCACGUCCAGAAGGGGCCCUGAACACGUCACCCCUUGAAUCAUCCAAUGGAACAACUUUUCCUCUGUUUCCUUUUCAAAUGCAGAAUGUGUUUCAUAAAGAGCAUUUGACUUUAACUGAGGACCAGACAGAUUUUUCCUCAACAGUAAAUCAGGAUUCACAAACGACACAAUCGAACUUUCCAUCUGAUGAAAUGUCCAGUUUAGGCGCAACAGAUGAUGUACAAAAGCACAUUGGGCGGACUGCGCUGUCUGCUGUUACUGGGGAAAAGUUCUCUCCUCUUCUCCACAAGGAUUUGAGUUUCUCAAGUACAGAGAAACAAUCGCUCCCCAAUGGUUCAUCAGCCUCCAGGGGAGGGAAUGAAGAUAUUUCACAUGCCACCACCUCAUUUGCUGAAAGUGACUCAUGGAGAUCUACUGAGUUUGUGUCAGACCUACCUGUAAUAAACAGGAAGAGGACGGCUAUAUCAUCCGAUUCUCUCAGUGGUCAGGCGCAAAUCUCUGAUGAUAUCUGCGGCACUGGCAACUACACAGCAGAGAUGAGUCUGAACUUGGAGAGAGAUAUCAUGCCCGGAGAUCUCAUCCCUGCCCUAGGAAACCUGCGUGUCGUCAUCAGCCUCAAAACAAAUAACAGCCAGGUCAACCUAGAGAUAAAAUCCUGCUGCCUCUCGCCUACUGGCAGACUAGAUGAAUUUAACACCACCUGCUGCAUUUUUUCCAGGCUGCCUAUAGAACCUCAUGGCAUUAGACUGCUUCCUAGCGUCCUGUCAAAGAGGGCUAGCUUCACCAUCAGUCUUUUCCAGAUGAUCAAUUACUCCACCGCUUACCUGCACUGUGACCUGAGUGUGUGCUUGAGGAACCAUUCUGAGUGCGAGAGGGUGAGUCUCAACCCGGCCUCACAGAUGAAAACUCGGGGAUCAUUUAUCACUGUUGAAGAGGUCUCAAUAUUUCUCCUGAAAAAUGUUCUGCUUUUCAUUACUCUCCCUCUUUUGAUGACAGCAUCUGCAGUUUCUAAAUAA